AUGUCGGCCAGCGCCACAGCUGCUUUCAAAUCACCCUCUCACUCCCAUUCCCAUUCCCAUUCGCACUCGCACUCUCGAUCCUCUCGGCCGUCCACGACACCACGCACUCAACCAACCGCUGCAUCGGUCGGCCAGUCCCUACCUCCUCUUCUCUCCCCGACUUCUCGAUCUCCCCAACAGCCAAAGGAUCCCAAGAGUCCGAGUCCGAGCUAUUUUGGAUUUGUGGUAGGCGGCGAUGAUUCCAUACCUCCAGACUCCAAUCCCGGUGCUCAUGCCCGCCAAAAUUGGGCAUUCCCAAAUUCCAGCGUCCUGACUGCGGUGCCGACUCCCCGCCAUGUGCCGGUCGAGGCCAAUCCCGAUUUCGAGGCCUUUCGAAGGCAGUCGGAACAUAAUCACCGUUUUACUUUGAAUACAGCCUUUAGUCGACCCUCCCAAAGCAGACACAACUCCUCGACCACCCCUCCCCCUGGUUCCCCUCCGGCCUCGCCGUCUACCAAAAGGCCGGUCACAGAACAAAAAUCCAGAUCAAAUGAAAGGACUACAUCACAAGGAAGUCGAAUGGAGGAUGUCUCAUUCUUUGACAUGCCACGACGACAAUCCCCCGAUCCGAUCAAUUCGCAGUAUAGUGUGGCCGACCAUCAGCAUGCACGACUCUCAUUGCCGACGAAUGGAUUGCGAGCACCACCUCUCAACACAUCCCGGCUAAAUCAGCGUUCAGAUACGCUACCAUCCUCGGGCGAGAAGGAUAUUCCCCCCCUUGUCUCACCGGCGUACAUUGCCGACCUCCUGAAGAAUCAGCCGGAAGAUAUUCUUAUUCUUGAUCUCCGAGUCUACCAACAAUAUGCCACCGCAAGAAUCCACGGAGCGCUGAACCUUUGCAUUCCCACGACCUUGUUGAAGCGGCCUGCAUAUAAUGUUCAAAGACUGUCCGACACCUUUUCCUCCCCUCGCGACCAGGAAACGUUUGCGCGGUGGCCGGACUGCUCCUAUAUAAUUGUUUAUGAUGCCAACUCCGCCCUGACCAAGGAGGCCGUUACUCCGCUCAACGUCUUAAAGAAAUUUACCUCGGAAGGGUGGACAGGCACAGGGCUGGUCGUUAAAGGCGGGUUCCUUGCAUUUCAAAAGAUGGUCCCCGAAUCUGUGGACUCUGGACCCAUUCACACGGAACGAGGUGUAUCAUCGCAGCCGCUAUCUAUCUCGGCUCCGGGAAAGGACACGGUUCCUGUUGCCGGAGGUUGUGCGAUGCCUUCCGAAAAAUCGGCUGCAAAUGCCUUCUUUGGAAACAUUCGCCAAAACAUGGAUUUACUCGAUGGCGUUGGGCAAAUGCCCAUUAAGAAACCCGGGGAUAUGUCGUCAGAGACGGAACGCGCCAUGCCCAAAUGGUUGCAAAGGGCCUCGUCCCUCUCGGAUGAAGGCAAGUUGGUUUCGGACCGAUUCUUGACCAUUGAAAAAUCCGAACAGAAGCGGAUGCAAGAAGCACUCAGUGCCCAAGUUUCGUACGGGACGCCAAGAAGUGAACCUCCCCGGAAAAUCCAGGUGGCGGGGAUUGAGAAGGGCUCCAAGAACCGAUACAACAAUAUCUUUCCAUACGACCACGCACGAGUCCGAUUGCAAAACGUCCCCGGUGGGAGCUGCGAUUAUAUCAAUGCCAGUCACCUCAAGGCCGAGUUCUCCAACCGUCGUUACAUCGCCACACAGGCCCCUAUUCCAGCAACUUUCAACGACUUCUGGCGGGUCGUGUGGGAACAAGACGUUCGCGUUAUUGUCAUGUUGACGGCCGAAGCUGAAGGUGGACAAGUCAAGAGUCACGUGUAUUGGGAGCCUGGAGAGUAUGGUCCUCUCAAGCUGAAGCAGCUGUCUGAGCGCCAGGUGAGCCUGGAACCGAAAAAGCACUCAAGUAAAGCGGCCCUCACACGUAGACCUUCCAUGGCGCCGAGAAGGUCAACCACGGCGAACAUUCCGGGAGAACGAAGAAGAGAUGAAGAGGUCCAGUCUUCGACGUCCAAGGCACCCUCCGCCACGGUUCGGCAUUUCACUUUGAGCCAUUCGGCCUUUCCUUUCCAGCCGAUGCGGGAAAUCACCCAGCUGCAAUACUCGGAUUGGCCCGACUUUGGAGCUCCAGCGAGCCCGAUGGAACUCCUGGGGUUAGUGGAGCAAGUCGAUAAAUAUGUGCGAGGUUCUGCCAGUCCACCGAGAGUGGUCGGGCCCGAGGAGGCGACUCCCGAGGGUCUAAGACCAAUUCUGGUGCAUUGCAGUGCCGGUUGUGGGCGAACGGGAACUUUCUGCACCAUUGACUCGGUGAUUGACAUGUUGAAACGACAAAGAUUUUCGCACGAGAGAAGUCAGAAUGCAAUGAACGUUGACGGUGAUGACUGGGUGAAUCGAGAUGAUGUUGACUUGGUGGCCAAGACCGUGGAUGACUUCCGACGUCAACGAUUGAGCAUGGUACAGAAUUUACGACAAUUCGUUUUGUGUUACGAAAGCAUUUUGCAGUGGCUGGUGGUACAGGAUUCAGAGCAUCUGAAACGACCGCGAAUGCAAGAUCCCAGAAGGAGUUCUCAAGGCUAA